GUGCUGCCAUGGCGCCGGCGAGAGCUGUCAUGGCGGACGGGUCCGGGCCCGAACCGGAGCCCGAACCGGAACCGGACCCUGAAGCGGAGCCGGAACCGGACCCCGAGGCGGAGCCGCUGCGGCUGCGGCGCCUGCGCGGUGAGGGGUACUUCGAGGUGCCGGCAGCGGAGCGGCUGGGCAGAUGCCGAAGCGUGAAGGAGUUCGAGAAGCUGAAUCGGAUCGGAGAGGGCACCUACGGCAUCGUGUACCGGGCCCGGGACACCCUCACGAACGAGAUCGUGGCACUGAAGAAGGUGCGGAUGGACAGUGAGAAAGACGGAAUGCCCGUGAGCAGCCUACGGGAGAUCACUCUGCUCCUGCAGUUCCGGCACACCAACAUCGUGGAGCUCAAAGAGGUGGUUGUAGGGAACCAUCUGGAGAGUAUAUUCCUUGUGAUGGGUUACUGCGAGCAGGACCUCGCCAGUCUCCUUGAGAACAUGCAGGCACCUUUCUCAGAGGCUCAGGUGAAGUGCAUCAUUCUGCAAGUCUUCAAGGGCCUGGAGUACCUUCACAAGAACUACAUCGUCCACAGGGAUCUGAAGGUGUCCAACCUGCUCAUGACUGACAAAGGCUGUGUGAAGAUAGCUGAUUUUGGACUGGCACGCACCUAUGGGAUGCCACCAAAGCCCAUGACACCCAAAGUCGUCACGCUUUGGUACCGAGCACCUGAGCUGCUGCUGGGGAUGGCAAACCAGACAACCAGCGUUGACAUGUGGGCUGCAGGCUGCAUCCUUGCCGAGCUCCUGGCACACAAGCCAUUGCUGCCAGGUACCUCAGAGAUCCACCAGAUUGAUCUCAUUGUGCAGCUCCUGGGGACCCCCAAUGAGAACAUCUGGCCGGGCUUCUCCACGCUGCCCCUGGUGAGCCAGUACACGCUGCGGAAGCAGCCCUACAACAACCUCAAGCACAAGUUCCCCUGGUUGUCGGAGGCUGGGCAGCGGCUCCUCAACUUCCUCUUUAUGUAUGAUCCCAAGAAACGGGGCACAGCAAAGGACUGCCUAGAUAGUUCCUACUUCAAGGAGAAGCCCUUGCCCUGUGAGCCAGAGCUCAUGCCCACCUUCCCGCACCACCGCAACAAGCGGGUGGCUGUCACCAGUGUGGGGAUCGAGAGCCAGGCCAAACGCAGUAAGCCCUGAGCUCUGCACCAUGGGAGGAGCAUAGCACAUGCCAACUGGGACAGCUUUCCUCGGCUGAACAGCACCAACGGCUUCAGCCCUUCCCGGGACAGCUCCCAGGGUGGAGAUGGCCCAGCUGCAGUAGGGAAGCGCUGUACUGCUGCAGCACAGAGCACCAAGAGCAGAAGAGAAAUGAGGUGCAGGGAUGCACAGGGCUCCACAGGAAGAGGCUGGCCUGGGGCCCUCAGCCAGUGCUGGCUGCAUGGAGUAACCCAGACUUCACCACCAAUAAAGGCACCUGCCAGCAGCUCAGA